CUUUCUCGCCUGCGUCAUCGUCUCCAUCCUCGCCAUCUACGCUGGUGCCAUCAAGUCCUCCUUCGCACCUCCUAAUUUCCCUGUCUGUAUGCUGGGGAACCGUUCCCUCUCCCAACACCAGAUUGACAAAUGCGCAAAGACGGAGGAGCGGGACAACAUCACAGUACACACUCGCCUAUGGGAUUCCUUCUGCAACUCAACCAAGCGCCUCAAUGCCUCCUGUGAUGAUUAUUUUCUGCACAACAAUGUUACCGUUAUUCAGGGUAUUCCAGGAUUGGCCAGUGGUAUUAUCACUGAGAACCUUUGGAGCAGCUAUCUGAUGAAAGGAGAGAUCAUUGAGAAACCUUCAUUGCACUCGGUUGAUGCAGGAGGAGCCCUCAAUCAGCAGUACGUGCUGGCUGACAUCACAACCUCUUUCACCCUUCUUGUGGGCAUCUUCUUCCCCUCUGUCACUGGAAUCAUGGCUGGAUCAAAUCGUUCUGGGGACCUGAAAGAUGCCCAAAAAUCUAUUCCCAUUGGUACCAUUCUGGCCAUCCUCACCACUUCUUUUGUGUAUCUUAGCAAUGUAGUACUGUUUGGGGCUUGUGUGGAAGGUGUUGUCCUGAGAGACAAGUUUGGUGACUCGGUGAAGGGGAACCUAGUAGUGGGGACGCUGUCCUGGCCUUCUCCAUGGGUCAUCGUCAUUGGUUCGUUCUUCUCCACAUGUGGAGCUGGGCUCCAAAGCCUCACUGGCGCACCCCGACUGUUGCAGGCAAUAGCCAAGGACAACAUUAUACCUUUUCUGAGGGUAUUUGGCCACGGAAAAGCCAAUGGGGAGCCUACCUGGGCUUUGCUCCUGACAGCAGGCAUUGCAGAAUUGGGGAUCCUGAUUGCCUCUUUGGACAUGGUUGCCCCUAUUCUUUCCAUGUUUUUCCUAAUGUGUUACCUCUUUGUCAACCUGGCCUGUGCCUUACAAACCCUGUUGCGUACCCCCAACUGGAGACCACGCUUUCGGUACUACCACUGGGCACUCUCCUUCAUGGGCAUGAGUAUCUGUGUGGCUCUCAUGUUCAUUUCCUCCUGGUAUUAUGCCAUUGUCGCCAUGGUGAUAGCUGGGAUGAUUUACAAAUAUAUUGAGUACCACGGGGCUGAGAAGGAGUGGGGAGACGGCAUCCGUGGCCUGUCCCUGAGCGCAGCCCGCUUUGCCUUGCUGCGCCUUGAGGAAGGGCCACCCCACACCAAGAACUGGAGGCCACAGCUCCUGGUGUUGCUAAAGCUGGAUGAGGACCUGCACGUGAAGCAUCCACGCCUGCUCACCUUUGCCUCCCAGCUGAAAGCUGGCAAGGGCCUCACUAUUGUAGGCUCUGUCAUGGUGGGCAACUUCCUGGAGUGCUACAGUGAGGCACUGGCUGCUGAGCAGACCAUCAAACACCUGAUGGAGACGGAACGGGUGAAAGGCUUCUGCCAGAUUGUGGUGGCUGGCAAGGUGCGCGAGGGCACCUCCCACCUCAUUCAGUCCUGUGGGCUGGGUGGUAUGAAGCACAACACUGUGGUGAUGGGCUGGCCCAAUGCUUGGCGCCAGAGCGAGGAUGCCCGGUCUUGGAAGAACUUCAUUGGCACUGUCCGGGUGACUACAGCUGCCCAUCUGGCCUUGCUUGUGGCAAAGAAUGUGUCCUUCUUCCCCAGCAAUGUAGAGCCCUUUUUGGAGGGGAACAUUGACGUCUGGUGGAUCGUGCACGAUGGCGGGAUGCUGAUGCUGCUCCCCUUUCUUCUUAAGCAACACAAGGUGUGGCGUAAAUGCAAAAUCCGCAUCUUUACCGUGGCUCAGCUGGAGGACAACAGCAUCCAGAUGAAGAAGGAUUUGGCAACCUUUCUGUAUCACCUCCGCAUUGAAGCAGAGGUGGAAGUGGUAGAAAUGCAUGACAGCGACAUCUCUGCCUAUACAUACGAGCGCACGCUGAUGAUGGAGCAGCGCUGUCAGAUGUUGCGACAAAUGCGCCUGUCUAAGACCGAGCGAGACCGAGAGGCUCAGCUUGUGAAGGACAGGAAUUCUAUGUUGCGGCUGACCAGUAUUGGCUCAGAUGACGACGAAGAGACGGAGACAUACCAGGAAAAGGUGCACAUGACAUGGACCAAGGACAAGUACAUGGCAUCCCGUGGGCAAAAGCAGAAGACGCUGGAGGGUUUCCAAGAUCUCUUAAACAUGCGGCCGGAUCAAUCCAAUGUGCGACGCAUGCACACGGCUGUGAAGCUCAACGAGGUCAUUGUGAACAAGUCCCAUGAGGCUAAACUAGUGCUGCUCAACAUGCCCGGUCCACCACGCAAUCCUGACGGCGAUGAGAACUAUAUGGAAUUCCUGGAGGUCCUCACAGAAGGGCUGGAGCGCGUGCUGCUUGUGCGGGGUGGUGGCAGCGAAGUGAUCACCAUCUACUCCUAGAUGCACGGGAGGCUUUCCUCCCAACGGACUCGGUUCUGUCAGAUUGACACCUGCUUCCUGCCUGUUACCACCUGCUACUUGAUCUCUCCAGCAGAGCAGCUAGCAGCGUCACGCCUCCUUUGCUUUCUUUUUCCAGUUGCAGUUGGGGGGGUCUUAAGAUAGGGUGGUUUUUCUCCUUUUGGAGGAGGGAGUGUUGACAUUCCCCCCUAUCCUUCCAUGAGGUUACAAAGAUACACAUUAGGAACUACUUAAGCUUUUAGACUCGAGCGGAACAUGGCUCAGCCUCUUGCCAAGAUGUAGAGGAGCUAGUCAGUCGGGUCCUAAUGUUGCUCGGGGUGCGAAAGGAGCCAAAGAAGGAGGGAGAAACUCAUGCUUUGGUCUCCUACUUGUUGCUGGAACCCUCUGCUAACCUUUACAAGAGUAUUUCAACAGAACGGACACUGUCUAUUUAAAAAAGUAGGAGAUGGGAGAUGCUGUUUGUAGAGCUGGCAGCAACGAGAUGCCGCCUGCAUUGUGCCAUUCUCUUGUGGUCAGUGCCAAAAUCUUUCUGCUUUCUUUCCCUCUGAAAGCAAAGGGAGGGGUGUUUAGAAAGAUGGAGCUGACUUCUUGUACUUAUCCUCCACCCUCGACCCUUAUGGGAUGCUGAAAUCCCAUUGCACUCUUUGUCAAGGCAUGGUGAAGAAUGAUAGAUUCCUGAAGCCAGGGUAGAAGUGGCAUACUGGUGAUGGCACCUGUCCUGCCAGUUCUUCUCCUCUGUGGCUCCCAUUCUCCUCUCUGGGCAAGGAAGCUCAGAGUCUCGGUGUUUGCAGACGUUUUGCAGAAUGACUGAAAAGCAGAAGAAACUGCACUCAUAGUUAUCAUGCAGAGGAAAGUAUCUUUCCUAAAUUCAAACAGGAGGCAAAACAGCAAUAUCUUCUGACUUGCAUAACUGUCAACAGCGACCCCCUCUUCCCUUCUACCCCCAAAGUUGGGAAAGCGGGACACAGCUCUUUCUAUACCAAACUAUUAUGCUUGCCUCUUUUUAGAACAAGUGUCUCAAUAGCGAAGCCCUACAACUUGUAUUUUGUGAGUGCUGAGAGUGAGUCCUUCCUAUCCCGACAUGGGCAAAUGGCCUUGUCUGUGUUGUCCCCUUCGGUUUCAAUGAUGGAUGUCUAAAUUUUCUCAAUCCCUUGCUCAAGAAUCGCGUACAGGGACCACUCCUUUGAGAUAGCCUUAAAGCAGACGGAUCUCUAGCCUCUCCUCGUUGUUUUUAUUUUUAAAGGGAAUUUCACAUACUUUUCCUCACCUCUUUUACUUUGGGGGAGACUUUUAAUUUAUUGGGGGUGUGACCUUGUUUACAUAGCAUCAGGUUUUGAGGGGUGUGAUUAUUAUUAUUUUUGGCUUCCUGAAUUAUGUAAAGAAUAAACAUUUUAUAUAUA